AUGACAUCAAAAAAACAAUUUCCAAACAUUAUCAUUUGUGGAACACCUGGUGUAGGUAAAUCUCGUCUUUGUCAAGAAUUAUGUUCAUUAAAUUCAUCAUUGAAAUAUAUAAACAUCAAUGAUUUAGCUAAACAAAAUAAAUAUGUUCUUGAAUAUGAUGAAGAAAAUCAAUGUGAAAUACUCAAUGACGAUGCUAUCAAUGAUUAUUUUGAUGAUGAAUAUUUUCAAAAAUCAUUUUCAUCAGGUCUUAUUUUCGAUUAUCAUAGUGCUGGAAUUAUAACUGAUAAUAAUCGUAUCCAUGCAAUAUUUGUUUUACGUUGUCAGACUGAUAAAUUAUAUGAUCGAUUGAAGCUUCGAAAUUCUUCCGAGAAAAAACUUGAACAAAAUAUUGAAUCAGAAAAUUUUCAAAUUUGUUUAAAUGAAGCACAUGAAGCAUUUGAUGAAUCACUUGUUCAUGAACUUAUUAAUACAACAGAAGAUGAUUUAAAAAAGAAUGUAGAUUAUUUAUCGAAAUGGAUUGAUCAAUGGCCAUUCAAUGAAAUGAUGGAUUAG